UCAUUGCAUCUGUGACAAUGGACGGAGCAGUUGCUUGGAUUCUGACUCACAUCAUAGUGAUGGUCUCCUGCCAUCAAAUCUGCUUCAUCGGAUCGGAGUACAACCCACAAUCUGGUAUCCCAUCCCGUUGGUUCUUACCGAACAAAGAUCCGUGCAAAUGCACCGCUGUACGUCUCGGUGGGAUGCACAUCCCUGCUUCGUCAUACCACCAGGGGGCGCCCUACUAUCUGUACCAGCUUUUCCUGAGCGAGGAUUCCGACGAAAUUCAAGCUUACUUCAACUGUGAGCCUGCAGAUAACAAUGCAGAGUGUUCCAGUCUGCAGCCCCUAGGUAUGGAGGACGGGACAAUCCCAGAUGAUCGUAUCACGGCGUCUAGUAGUCGGUCCUAUUGCCCUUCCGGUGAUGCACGCCUCAACAAUAACAACAGAUGGAUACCUUUAUAUCACGAUGCCAAUCCCUGGAUCGAGGCGGACCUGGUUGAGAGCACAGUGGUGUCUGGGGUCACCACACAAGGUUCUGGCAACAUUUGGUUUGUAGAGCAGUACAAGGUGGCGUAUCAGAAGCAGCCCUCAUCUGACUACGAACACGUGAAAGAUGGGAACGGAAACAUCAAGGUAUUCAUCGGUAACACUGAUAUCGAAACCCCCGUAACUAACCUGUUUGACGAGAGUGUGGUGGCCACGGUAGUGCGCAUUGAGCCUACUGCAUGGGAGGGAGGUGUUGCUCUGCGUUUGGAGUUGCUUGGAUGUCGCCGUGAUUAAUUAUUUACCGCGAUUCUGUUCGACAGCACUGACAAAAUUUCAUGCAAUACAAACAUAAAUGCGGAGGGAGGUGUUGCUCUGCGUUUGGAGUUGCUUGGAUGUCGCCGUGAUUAAUUAUUUACCGCGAUUCUGUUCGACAGCACUGACAAAAUGUCAUGCAAUACAAAUUAAAAUGCGACAUGGAGAUAAUAUUAAUGUUGAUUGUGAAUGCAAAAUUUGAUAGGAGGACAAUUUAUCGGAUAUCAAGAACGAACUGAAGAUUUGAAAUGUCAUAGGCACUUGCGUGAAAUGUGUACAUAUAAGAAGUAUAUGAUGAUGUUGCUCGGUCUUGAACUAAACAUUAUCUCGCGGGAAAAGACAUUUGGGCUAAUGUUUACGAUAUAUAUUAAUAUUAAUCAACCUUUUAUCGUUUUUUCGACCUACCUUCGUGGAAUACAAUUUUCAAAAGGUAUCUUAAAUUUUAAAAGUGUACAUAAUUAUGUCAGACAGAAAAAUUCACCUAAAGAAAAGUAACAGCGAAGUAGGCGUAUGGGUUAAACACAAAUUGCCUUGUGUAUCUUAUAAAAGUUGUUUAGCCUUUUGCUCAAAUGUGCUUUCACUCUUAAUAGAAACGUCUUAACUAUUGCGGCACGUUGUUGUAUAGGUAACAAAUACAUUUAAUUAAGCUGAUCGGUGUGCUGUAAUCGUAAUUCUUCAAUACAAUGUAUAACGUUUUCAUACAGUAUUCGAAAGUAAAAAAAAAACAUGAUAUGUUAAAACGUGAUACAUAAACGACAAAGAGAAAAAUCGAAUCAUCGGCAAUUCAAUUUUAUUUGGUGAUACAAUUUUGUUUUGUUUUUAGUAAAGGCCGGUUCUUACUUCACGCGAAUGCGAUUCCAAGGCGCAUUUUGAAGUCAGGAAAC